AGGAUGUUUCGAUCAGACCUGGACAAUGGAGCUCUGCUGCGGCUUCGGCUUCGGCGACAGGGGCAACGAGCGCUGCUGGCUGCCGCCCAAUUUCACCUUCGAGACCUGCUGCGUCCAGUCGGUGGUGGCCGUGAGCGACGUCAGGAGGUACAUGGACGGGUUCAUGGACUGGCACUCCGACCUCUUUCCGCCAGUGCGCGAGUGCCGGUCGAGCCCGUCACGUGAGUCGAGCGCUCCAGAAAGGCGGGACGACGGCUACUGGGGGCCCCUGCACGCCGAUCUGGGCUACGACCCGCGGAUCAUCGUGGAUGUCGGGGGAGGCUGCGAAGGGUGCCCUGGAGCCGGUCGUCCUACGGGACCUCCGCGAGGUGCUGGACUUCGUGGCCUCCGGGGCCCGCAUCGACGUCCUGCAGCUCAACUGCGAAGGAGACUCGAGGUACGCUGUGCUGCGUUCCGUGCUCCCCCGCUGGGACCGGUGGCAGAUCCCGCUGCUUCACGUGGAGAGUGGCAUGCGGACAUGCCCUGGAUCGGGACGCCCCAGGAGCGCAGGGGCAUCCGCUGCCAGAUCGAAGCCUCGUGCAGCGCGGGGCCCGCCUGGUCUCGGAGACCGAGCGCUUCGUCCCGCUGGGCGAUGGCUGCUGACGGCGCCCCGCAGCACGUAGCUCUACCCGUCCGCGGCGGGCGGGGGCAGCGCCAGGGGGCGCGGCGCCCUUCGUGGUGCAGGCGUCGGGUGUCGAGGUCUGCACACUGGCGAUGUCGCGCGCUCCCCCAACCCCAUCUCUGGGCUCGAGCCAGGCGGCGUUUUCGCGAUCUCGUGGACGGCCUUCGCUGUGGCGCCGUCCUGCAUCGGAGGCGGAGCGAAGCCCGAGCGAGGGAACAUCGAAAGCACAACGGAAACGGAAAACGCUACUCAGGUCGAGCCUUGCCCCACCUGUUCCGGCCCCAUCGAGGCGGCCUCCAUCGACGGGGCAGGGGCGCCAGAGGAGGGUCUGGGCCGUCGACGUUCCAGAGGUGCUCGAGCCGUCGAGGAGCCGACGGCUUCGUCGGCGCCCCUCGCAGGGGGCUCUCUGCAGAGGAGAGGUGCGGCACGGAGGCGGCGUCAGGUCGGGCAUGUCCCCCUACAGGCGGCGGAGCAGGGGCGCUGGAGGACCUCGGCGAGGAGCUGUUCGGCGAGCCCGUCGACCCAGGCACGCUC